CCAGAGGAGGACACAGCAAAGCAGAAUCAUUUGGAAAAGAUGAUACCAGAAACUUUGAAUCCACUGAACUACUUCACCAGCCUGCUACCAGACUUGAUGCCAGCUGCCACAGUGCCUAUCAUCAUUGUCAUCUGCCUUCUGUUUCUAAUAUGGAACCACGAAGAAACAUCAUCAAUUCCAGGACCAGGAUACUGCAUGGGAAUUGGGCCCCUCAUUUCACAUGGGAGAUUUCUCUGGAUGGGAGUAGGUAACGCCUGCAACUACUACAACAAGACAUACGGAGAAUUCGUGAGAGUUUGGAUCAGCGGUGAAGAAACAUUUAUAAUUAGCAAAUCCUCAAGCGUAUUCCACGUAAUGAAACACUGGAAUUACGUUUCUCGAUUUGGGAGCAAGCUUGGAUUACAAUGCAUUGGCAUGUAUGAAAAUGGGAUUAUAUUUAAUAACAACCCGGCACACUGGAAGGAAAUCCGACCCUUCUUCACCAAAGCCCUGUCUGGUCCCGGUCUUGUGCGCAUGAUAGCCAUUUGUGUUGAAUCAACAAUUGUUCACCUGGACAAACUAGAAGAAGUGACCACUGAAGUAGGAAACGUCAAUGUGUUGAACCUCAUGAGACGGAUCAUGCUUGACACAUCUAACAAGCUCUUUUUAGGGGUCCCUUUGGAUGAAAGUGCCAUUGUUCUUAAGAUUCAGAACUACUUUGAUGCUUGGCAAGCUCUUCUAUUAAAGCCCGACAUAUUUUUUAAGAUUUCUUGGCUUUGCAAGAAGUAUGAAGAGGCAGCCAAAGAUUUGAAAGGAGCAAUGGAAAUCUUAAUAGAACAGAAACGACAAAAGCUUUCCUCUGUUGAAAAGUUGGAUGAGCACAUGGAUUUUGCAUCCCAGCUGAUUUUUGCACAGAACAGAGGCGAUCUGACUGCUGAGAACGUGAACCAGUGUGUGCUGGAGAUGAUGAUCGCUGCUCCUGACACUCUGUCUGUGACUCUCUUCUUUAUGCUAAUACUGAUUGCAGAGCACCCCACAGUGGAGGAGAUGAUGAUGAGAGAGAUUGAAACUGUUAUGGGUGACAGAGAUGUACAGAGUGAUGACAUGCCAAACCUCAAAAUUGUGGAGAAUUUUAUUUAUGAGAGUAUGAGAUACCAGCCAGUUGUGGACUUAAUCAUGAGAAAAGCUUUGCAAGAUGAUGUAAUUGAUGGCUAUCCUGUGAAAAAGGGGACAAACAUUAUUCUUAACAUUGGACGUAUGCACAAGCUUGAAUUCUUCCCAAAACCGAAUGAGUUUUCUCUUGAAAACUUUGAGAAGAAUGUUCCAUCACGCUAUUUCCAGCCAUUUGGAUUUGGCCCCCGGGGCUGUGUAGGAAAGUUUAUUGCCAUGGUAAUGAUGAAAGCAAUUCUGGUGACUCUUCUGAGACGGUGCAGAGUGCAGACAAUGAAAGGAAGUGGACUUAACAACAUCCAGAAAAACAAUGACUUAUCCAUGCACCCAAUAGAAAGGCAGCCUCUGCUGGAGAUGGUUUUUACACCAAGAAGCCCAGACAAGAAUCACAGUGAUUAAAGGGGAUCAGCAUUAACAUUACAGGGUGUUCUCAGCCACUUUAAGAAAUGCUCUUCAUUCCCAGGUAAAGAUGUAACAUAAAACAUUUUGUUGCAACUAAACCACUACACCAAGCAUCCACUUAUUUGCCUGCACAACACAACGUGUUCUGGCCAUAAAUUCCACUGCAAUGCAAUAAGUCCAAAUUCUCAAAACAGUCCUGUUGUCAGGUGAUGCCACCCUAUACACAGGAUUCCUGACUACUUUUUAAACCAUCAAGUUCAGAUGAAGUUCAGCCCUGCUUUUCAAACGGUGCAAGGUCAGACAUUUGAGGGUCAAAAUCACCUGCCUGUUCGUGCUAAAUUCUAGGACUCAUCCUGGAAUUUCGUUUCAUCCUCCCACCCCUCCAGUUGGACAUAGCAGUACUUGGUGUGAAAGUUCUAAUCAUCUGUUUUUGAAAACAUCUGAAGAAUGCUAAAUUUGACUUCAAGACUAUGAAAUGAUUUAAAAUACAGAAAGCUAUCAUGCUUAAAAAAAAAUACAUGUACUAAUGUAACUACAGUAGUAGUAGUAUGGUACUAAUAAUGAUUUCCUCCAGCCUCAGGUUUAGACUUGGUCCUUUACAGCAGAGCUACGUAACUACCCAAGUUUCUUGCUGCAAAUGGAAAAUAUAUGGAAAUUUGUAGAGUAUAGUUAGAUAUUUGUUGGCAUCUCUACUAGCCUAAUGAUGAUUCUCUUCCUUGGUCAAAAAGAAAAAGAUUUUCUGGGUUUACUGCCAGCAUUCUCUGGCAAAGAUUUUCCAUUUUCGGUAAGCUUCAGUGUCCUUACCACAUAAACUAAAGAAAGAGGCUUUCAGGAUAAAGUGCCUUGAUAAAACUAACUAAGGAACAAAAAGUUUAUGUUCAGCUUUUCCUCCAAAGUCAUUUAAACAUUUUAUUUUUCUGUUUAUAGUUUAUAUACUUGUUUAGAAAACUUAAUUAUGUUAAUUAAUCUGGUCCUUUGGAUCACUGCUCUCAGGUGCAGGUCCAGCAGACUAAGAUUUAUUCAAGUAGCAUGCAAAAACUACUCACAACCAAUAAAUAACUGUUUGUUCCAGACAAGGGUAAUGAAUUAGGCCAGAAUGGAAUUGUUGAUGGAUAAGAGCUGCACAUUUAGGUCAAAACAGCAUAGAAGUGGUCUACAGGAAUUUGAAAACAUAUACAUCAGACUUGAAAGAAGAAUGAUUUAUUGCAGCUAGGUUACUUUCAUACCUUCUCCAUAGGAUUGGCACAGUGCCCAAAAGCGACACCAGAAACGCGCAGUCUCUUACAGCCUGUGAAUACAGACAAAUCUGUGCAUCUGAAGAUGCACAUAAGUAGAAUUUCCAUCUUUUUAGUCAUUAAGAGGCAAAGUGACGUGAACAUUUUGAAUAUCCCAUAUAACCUCAUUCUAUAUCCUUUGUAGCUUUUAAACUAAGAAAUUGAGUCAGCUGGGGAAAAGAAAAGAAUCCACUGAACCUUAUUUUGCUUGGGAAUAACCUAUAAUUUUACACAUUGUGCAUCUUCAUUUAUUUCACACACCAACAUUUUGAACAGGGAUCAUUUACUCUGUGGUUUCUAUCUCAGUUAUAGGUUCAGAAUAAAUUUAUUCUCAAGGUUGAAAAUAAUAAACUCCUUAAACAACUUUUAUCACUAAAAUUUUAAAACAAUUACAUGAAAUCAUGUAGAUAGUUGAAAAAUGCACUCUGCUCUGAUUUCUUUAAUAUAUACUGUUAAAUUUAAAGGCUGGAAUUUCAGACAUGUGAUUACUGUUAUUAUUCUAUGAAAGAAAAGCAGUUUCAUUUUUUACUUUUUGUCAGCAAAGGAUGCAGAAUUAUUUUGCAUUGUAAUUCAGGUGCACUCUUUCUCAUAUGCUUUGCAGAUAGUGAUUCUGGUCCUCAAGUUUCUGUAGUACUUAUUUUUGCCCGUAUUUUGACAAUGGGCCCAUUAGUUAACCUGAGCUGCUACAUAACCUGAGCCCAGUUCUCCAUAUCUCUUUUAUGACUGUCAUACAGUGGUCUAUUUGCAUGAAUAUUUGCAUGACGAGGCCUAUUUCACCACAUCUUUGAGAAUGGUAAUUGAUGAAACAGCAUUUCAAAGCUUGCCAUGUGGAUAUAAACAAUUUAAAUCUUCUAGAUGCAUAUAUGCCAUUGUAUAUAACUAAUUUUAAACGGUGUUUUAUUACCAGAUACUGUAAAAGCGUAGGUGACCUUUACAGCUGUAUCAAAUCUAUUAAGUGACUUUUCCAUUGGCGUUCAGUUUAUUAACACAGAUCAAACCUGAAGACUGUUUAAUACAUCACUAUGAAUAUGGGCUGCUCAGAGCACAUAGAUGUAAUACAUUGUUAGAAAAUAAGUGAUCAUCAAAUAAAGUCUGUAUGCACAAAAACA